CACCGGAUUGGUACCAGGGAGCCGUCUUUGCUGGAACGGCCGAAGACCGUGCCCGGCACCUUUUUUUCUUCACCCCUACCAUGAAGCGCCAACUGGAAGACUGCAAAACAUGGUUCAUGGACGCAACCUUCUAUUUUGUUGAUGAACCCAUCAAACAGCUCUUCACAAUCAACGGAUUCAUCAAGAACGACAAAAAUGAAAUUAAACAAAUCCCCUUAUUGUUUUGUUGCAUGACCAGGAGAAGGGCAGCCGACUACAGCGCUGUAUUCCAGAAGAUUAAGGAAAUUAUCCCACUGCCAAGAGUCCAGCGGAUCGUGACCGAUUUCGAACGCGCUAUAUUCAUGGCUGUCCGCAAGCACUUUGUUGAUUGCCAGCACUUUGGCUGCAAUUUCCACUGGUGCCAAGCCGUUCUGAAAAAGGUCAAGGAUCUUCACCUCGCCACCAUAUACAACAACAAGGGGCCGAAUCCAGUUCGAGACUUUGUGUUUCGCCUGCUAUGCCUCGCAUAUCUUCCUGCUGGUAAAAUUCCUGGAGUGUUCGACGCAUUGAAGAGCUCGGCACCUAGCGAACUUACGGCACUAAUGGAUCAUAUGGAGCGGAAUUGGAUUCGGGGCAAGUUUUGGACUCCGGAUAACUGGUCAUGCUUCAACUUGUUAACGCGCACAAAUAACGACUGUGAAGGAAUGCACCACCAAUGGAACAAGUUGGCAGGCGGAUCAAAUCUCAAAUUCUACAAGAUGACGAUGGUAUUGCGGAAACUGGCCGAAGACGUUUCCCUUACCAGCACGCUACUCUGCCAUGACAAGAUCAAAGCUCACCGGAAGAAGGACACCCAACUGAAGAAUUCCAUACUGUUCCAGAUAUGGGCCCGAUACCAAAACAAUGAGUUAUCAACAAUGGAUCUCCUAGAAGAAAUUGUAAAAGAGCUGAAGUCAUCCUUUCCCUCCGUCGUAUCCUCACACGCCCUUAAUAUUGCAAAUAAUAAUUUUAAUGAUGAACUUGACAUGUCUGUUAAUGAAUUACCUUAGUUUGUUUGCUUUCCCUAUUACCUACCUUAGUGUAUUUUAUUUCUUUUGUUUCACUUUUUACUCUUUUUUUAUUUUACUUUAGUGUUUU